AUGCCCUUCUGCAACGUCACGCCUUCCGAGGCGAGCCGCCUGCUGAGCACGGCGGCGGGGCGGGAAGAGGCGGAGGGCGCGGCCGUGGCGGACCACGCCGUCCUGCUGGCCGAGAACGUAAUGAGGCGGUACGUGGAGGGGCGGUCCGCCGAGUGCGGCCCCACCGGCGCCGGUGACUCCCCCGCGUCGUCGCCCUCGCCGUCGUGGUUUGACGCAGCAAAGGCGGAUGCGGCGCGGGCGGUGAGGGAGUUCCCGUACCCGUCGCUGUUUCUCCACCCGCUUCCAGCAGACAUGCGCGAGCACCCGGAGGCCCCGCCGCCAUCGACUGGUGCUGCUGUCGGCUGCGCCGUGGGGGAGCCGCCGGGGGGAGGCUACCGGGAGAUGCUCCUGCUCGACGGCGCGGCGCCUGCGCUGGCGACGGUGCUGCAGGGCGAGUGUGGCCUCGCCGUCGUCUCCCCUCGCAGUGGCUCCGCGGGGCCGCAACGCGUGUACCUGCUGAGCCCCGACGCCACUUCCUGCACCAUCGUGGCGUGCCGGGUUGGCCUGCAUCCGCGGCUGCGCCGGCGGCUCACGGCGGCCGCGGGCGGACUGGCGGGGUCGGGCGACGGGGCGCUUGUUUGGCGGUGCUGCGAGACAUUUACGGCGGCCAUGGGCCACUUUGACGGCGCGCGGGGCGUUGCAGAGGCGCUGUGCGAGAUGCUCUGGGAGGCCGCGCUGCCCGCGUGGUUCCAUGCGGUCCUGCGCGGCGCCGACGACGACGACGACGGGGCGGCCGCUGAGGGCGACGCGGUGGGCGCGGCGACGGCCCUCGUGGAGCGACUACGCCGCCUCGCGCAGACGACAGCAACAGGCGCCGUCGCGUCUGCCGACCCGGGCGCCCCUCUGCUGGUGGCGGAGUGGUUUGUGGUGGGGGGCGUGCGGAGCCGGGCGCACACGCCGCCCAUUCUGGCCGCCGUGUUGGGUGCGUUGUUUGCCGCGGAGGAGCCGGCGGGCGGGGGCGCGGCGACGGCCCCUCCCCGUAGAGGGCGCUGCGUUCUGAGGCCGUCCUUCCGGCUGUCGGAGGUGCUCGGCGGAGGGCGCGCGGAGGAGGCGGGCGCGGCCCCAGUGCGGCUUGCGCACCGUCUGCGCGAGGACGGCGUCUGCUUCUGGAGCCUCAUCACGGUGUUGCGGCACUGGGCGGGGGGCUGCGCCGGCGAGCUGUACGCCUGCCCCGCCAGCUGGGGGCUCGUCGUCGACGUGGGCGGCGGCGGCUGCUGGCCCGCCACCGUGCAGCCCGGGACCCGCCACUACCCGCUCGCGGCGCUCCGCCACGCGCUGGUGGGGUCGGGCUUCCGCUGGACGUGCCCGCUGGAGCGGGAGGGGGAGCUGCGCGUGCGCCGGGAGGCGGCGGCGGCGCGGGCGACGGCGUAUUUUGGCCUGCGGCCGACCCCCGCGGCGGAGGGCGCCUGCGACGUCUCCCUCGCGGCGUACGUGGCGUUGUGCUUGCGGCGGCGUGCGUCCGCCCCCCUGCCCGUUUUGGUGCGGCGCGGGGCGUGGGAGAAGCUGGAGGGCCUCGGCGCGCUGGACGACGUGCCCGACGGUGUCUUCCUCCUGUCCUCGACGACGCCGCACUGCGAGCCGCCGGACUUCGCCGCGGUGGGGCGGCAGCGGCUGCGCUUCAUGGCCGAGUUUGGCGUGGCCGACGUGUUUGCGGAGGACGCCGUCGGUAUUCUUGCGUGA